AUGAGUGUUGUUUCUCCGACAAUUAAAACCACCGCUACGUCACGUUUCGUCACCGUCGGCGCCGGCUGUUUCUGGGGUGUUGAGCGUGUGUUCAAUAAAUAUUUCAAAGAUAAGGGGCUUGUUGACUCCAAGGUCGGCUACGCAAACGGCCUCAAAUCGGUUUCGCCACCCGUGAGCUACGAGAAGGUCUGUUCCGGAGCCACGAACUUCGUCGAGGCUUUGCAAAUCUCCUACGAGCCAUCCCAAGUGUCUCUACGCGAGCUCUUGGACAUUUUCUUCAGAAUUCAUGACCCAACCACUUUCAACGCACAGGGACCUGACAUUGGCACCCAAUAUAGAAGUGCCAUCAUGACUCACAGCAACGAAGACUACGAAGUGGCCAAGGAGGUCAAGGAAUUUUUUCAAAAGGAAUGGUACCCAAACCACAAGAUCGCUACAACCAUUGAGAACAUUGAAACUUGGUACGACGCCGAGGCAUACCACCAGAAGUACUUGGACAACAAUCCCGGAGGCUACGAGUGCCCUACACAUUUCUUGCGGACCAAGCCCAAGGCCUAG